ACGCUGAAACACGCGGCAAGUCAAUAUAACGCAAAACUUCGUUCCAGUGUUUAAAUUUAGAUAAAAUUCUCAUCUGCGAUCUUUAUCGACACAAUUUGAAAAUUUUCACAGUUCGAAGCAACGCGGCCCAUCAGGAAAAUUUAACGUUCAUUUGUGUGCUGUGACGUUGUUAUAAUAUUAAUUAGUUUGGUAAUACUUUUGUGGAAAAAUUUAAAAUGCCUUCGUUGUCGUCGCCGACGCAGUCUAUGGAUAUUGUUUACCCGGAACCCAUGUCGAGGCUCAACAGACGAGUAAUUCCAAAAAAGCGGAGAGGUGGUUCACUAAGAUAUCGAACACAGCCAAUUACAUUUUCGGAAAUACAGGAAGUGGACGAAGAAAACGUUGCAGACGAAACCAUACCCGAAUCGACAACGUCAAAAUCCGAACUUAGCCUGUUAAUGAACCAAAAGUUCGAAGAAUUCAAACGAUCCAGGGACAAUGAUUUCAGUGUUAGUGACUUCAACGAAGAAAUUAUAGUAAAUAAUUCGAAAGCCAAUACGCCUUUAGCGUCGUGUAGGUCAAUAGGUCGAUUGCCAUCGCGGCCCUCGUUUUAAAUAUUCGCAAGGGAAUUCGUUUUAGUGUUUUUUUACGAAGUGAUAACAAUUUAUGAAUAUGUAGAUUUUACGGUAUUUCAAUUAUUAUUAUUUCCUUGGAAAUUAUGUACGUUGUAUCGAAACGAAUAAUAUUUCUGAUCAAACCAUUCGUUAAAUCUCUUUUUUAACUUAAUAUUCAAAUGAUUGUACAAGAAAAUCGUGUACAAUUUCCAACAAUACCUUUAUGUAAUUGGCUUGUAUCAAUGAAUCUAUACUUUUA